CCGAGGAGGUUUAAAAAAAAAAAAAAAAAAAAAAAAAAACCCGGGCCAAUAAGCUUCUGGAUCGACGCGCCAAUGAGCAAGAAGGUUUCUGGAAUCUGGAAUCUGACGUGAGAGACGUCAUUGAGCCGCGCCAGCUGAGAGCGGUGGAACCCAGCCCAUUUCUCCCGUCUUUUCGGCGUUUGCCUGGUUCCCUCGGCGUCUGGGGACCUCCGCUUCCAUGUCCCCGGUGGGCACGGCAUCGCGGAACCUCCACGCCCAUGGCCACUAGCUUGAGGACGCCCGCUUUCCCCUCAUGUUCUUCCGCCUCGACAGGCACAGACGACGAGGGAGUGCGCGGCACUUGUGAAGAUGCUUCUAUGUGCAAGAGGUUUGCAGUAAGCCUUGGCUACUGGCAUGAUCCAUACAUUCAGCACUUUGUAAGACUGUCUAAGGAGAGGAAGGCCCCCGAAAUUAACAGAGGAUAUUUUGCUCGAGUCCAUGGUGUCAGUCAGCUGAUAAAGGCAUUUCUGCGGAAGACAGAAUGUCAUUGUCAAAUUAUAAAUCUUGGGGCUGGGAUGGAUACCACCUUCUGGAGACUAAAGGAUGAAGAUCUUCUCCCAAGAAAAUAUUUUGAGGUUGACUUUCCGGUCAUAGUCACGAGAAAGCUACACAGCAUCAAAGUCAAGCCUUUCUUAUUACAACCCAUCAUAGAAUUACAUUCAGAGGACCCGCUUCAAAUCGAUGGACACCUGUUGGAUUCAAAGAGAUAUGCUGUUAUUGGAGCAGAUCUCCGAGAUUUACCUGAACUGGAAGAGAAACUAAAGAAAUGUAACAUGAAUCCACAAUUGCCAACACUCCUGAUUGCCGAAUGUGUGCUGGUUUAUAUGACUCCGGAGCAGUCGGCCAACCUUCUCAAGUGGGCAGCCAGCAGUUUUGACCCCGCCAUGUUCAUAAACUAUGAACAGAUCCUGGGAAUCUGUCUUUGCUUGCAGGAUACUAUGCCUGGGGAAAAUGAAUUCUGCUUGACACACAUUGUGAACAUGGAUGACCGGUUUGGACAGAUCAUGAUCGAGAACCUACGGAGGCGACAAUGUGACCUGGCAGGAGUGCAGACCUGCAAGUCGUUAGAGUCACAGAAAGAACGGCUCCUGUCGAAUGGGUGGGAAACGGCGUCAGCAGUCGACAUGAUGGAACUGUACAGCAGAUUGCCUCAAGCUGAAGUGAGCAGAAUAGAGUCACUUGAAUUCCUGGAUGAAAUGGAGCUUCUCGAACAGCUCAUGCAGCAUUACUGCCUUUGUUGGGCAACCAAAGGAGGACAUGAACUCGGUUUGAAGGAAAUCACUUACUGAUCUGUUGGAGGCCCAUGCUGAGCUGGCAGCUGAAGUCACUGACCUUCCCAGAGUCGCUGGGCUGCAUUUCCCGGGUGGUGGCCAGACCUGGCCCGUCAGCCUCAUCCCACACCCUGAGAAGCCUCAGCUCCUCGGGCUGCCACACCCCUUUCUGUGCCCGUUGACUUAUGGUUGAAAUAAAUCUCAUUUGUUGCCAA